GGAUGCUGUCCGUGGGGAGGAGCGAUGAUGGGAGGGAGAGGAUAGGGCGAGGGUUUGGGAUGGAGGAGAACGAGCUCGAGGAAGGAGAGGCGUGCGAUGAUUCGCUCAUCGAUCCCGACGUUGCUCUCUCCUACAUCGAUGAAAAAUUACAAGACGUUUUGGGACAUUUCCAGAAAGACUUCGAAGGUGGAUUUUCUGCGGAGAACCUCGGAUCGAAAUUUGGGGGAUAUGGUUCUUUUUUGCCUGCUUACCAGCGUUCUCCUUCGGUUUUUUGUCAACCUAAAAGUCCGCCUAAGGCAACAAACCACAGUGGCUCAAGAUCUCCUUAUAACACGCAAUCAGAGGGCAUACGGCAGAACUCUUCAGUUUUGACAUGUUCUUCUAUUACCAAGAACAACAUUUCGGCUAGUACGGUUCCAUCAGCAGACACCUCUAGCAAAAGGGAGGUGUGUUUGGGCAUACACAAUGAAAGGGACUCUGUUCCCCAGUAUGAUUCCUUAACUAGACACGCUAACGGUGGUGACCAGAAGUCGCUGAAAGUUCGCAUCAAAGUCCCCCCUGAUGACACUGUGACAAGAAAUAAUGCGGCUAUUUAUAGUGGUCUGGGCCUUGAUAUUUCUCCUUCUUCAUCCUUAGAGGACAGCCCAGAUGAUAGUGCUGAGCUUUCUCCCGAGUUUCAAGACAUGCCUUAUGAAUCUCCACAUACAAUUAUACAGAUCAUGACGUGCUUUCUAGUUCCUGGAGGGUACUUGCUGUCACCCCUCCAUGACAAUGUGCUGCAAUUGACAGAAAGAACUCGCCCUAUAUUCAAAAAGUGCAAAACAAGCAUGAUCUCAAAGGACAUAUCUGAAAAAUGUGAAGCCUCUAGUAAUUUGAGUCUCCCAGUGAGAGAUGUUAAAGGUCACACAAUAAAGAGAACAAAGCCUGAUGACAAGAAAAUUAGGUCCUCUGGUGUGAAAAGUUCAAAAUGCAUUAAUGACAUCAGUGCUGCUUUGAAUAGAGAUAUUGACAUCGAAACGCCAGCUGGACAAGAGCUUGUGUCUGAUGCCUUAAAUAUCCCACUCUUGUCUGGUUCAAGAACUAUUGACAGAAAAGAUGGACACUUAGCUGAAGAAUCAGCUAAUGGAUUUGCUAUAAUGUUUGAUUGCCCAAGGGGAACAAAUAAUUUUCCAGCUACUGACCGAACGAGGACACCUGAAUUUGUAAAAGGUAAAGUAGAAUUGAUGGAAGGCAUGGAAUGUAGUGGGAUUGGCAAUCUAGGACAUGAGGAGAUACAUCUGAAGGGCAAAAUACAAACAAGAACAGUUAAUGCAGAGAAAACAUUCGAGGAACAAACUAUGUCUAGUCGCAAAGACUCUUCUGUUGAUCUGCAGAGAGAUAGGAAAGAAAAAGUAAAGAAAAAUGUUGAUACAGUAAAAGCUGAUUCUGAUGGAUAUAAGCGGAAUAAAGAUCAGACUGUUGGACCUGUAGAUAAUGUGAGAAAUAUUUCAUCUCACAAAGCCAGUUCAUAUGAACCAGAAAAAGUAGUUCAAGGAAAGUACCGACUUCCGGAAGACAAAGGCAAACAGCAGGGAAUCCAACCCAAUACUGCACCUUCUCUAGAGUCCACAAAGGAUGGUAUUGGUGUUCAACCUUCUCCAGCUGUAAAAGAAAGGAAAAAGGGCUCUCUUGCAAGACAAAACUUGUAUGAUAAGAAGCCCAAACCUAAAGUCUUUAAAUCUCAUGGAGAUGUUCUUGGUAAUGCAGUGGUGAAUGAAGGUGUUUUACUUGAUACACAGCUUAAGGAAAAACUGAAGUCUGUUAAGCCUGAAAAUGAGGAUGAGUCUAUUAGAUUGAUGGAAGCAUCAAAGGAAGGGCCAAACAAUAGGAAAGUUGAUCAACACUCGAUUUCUGGGACAUACGUGAAUGAGCCAUUAUCUGUGCCUUCAACUAGCAAUGCUGCUGAAACAGCAGAAGCUCCUGCAAAACCUGCUCCAGUCGUAAUAGAGGAACAUUGGGUCUGUUGUGAUAUAUGUCAACAAUGGCGUCUCUUACCCUAUGGCACCAAUCCUGAUAGUCUUCCAAAGAAGUGGCAUUGUUCAUUGCUUAACUGGCUACCUGGAAUGAAUAGCUGUGCUAUUAGUGAAAAGGAAACAACAAAAGCGUUGAAUGACCUGUACACAGUCCCAGCCCCUCAGAUUGGCAUUAGUUCAGAUGGUCGGCAUGCUCCUUCAAGCUUCACUACAAGUAGUGCACUACAUCUGAAUCAAAGGCUUGGAGAUAACAUUGUGACUGUAUCAGGGAAAAAGAAAAAUGGAUGCAAGGAUGGGACAAAUAUAGCCAACUUUUCCGAUAUAGCACAAAUUUCAAAUUCUGAGAGGAAGAACCAGCAAGCUUCUGCCAAAAGUAGAAGUUUAACCGAUGUUAAUGGUUAUCCCCUCGACACGAACUCAUUGAGCAAAGCUGAUCUGGAACAUGGGAACAAAUUAACCGGCUAUAAAAAAGAGAAGCUAAAAGCUGGGCACAAGAACCUGGGACGCUAUUCAGAUGGAGGUGCCCUUACUUCCUUUCCACGAGAUUCCAUGGAAAAAGGCGAGAAGUAUUCAAGUUCGAAGAGCAAGAGAAUGGUGGAUCAAAUUGAUUCAAAAGCAUCUAAGAAAAUCAAGAUAGAAGAUGCGAACUAUCUUGUUAAAGAUUGGAACUCUGAGUAUGAAGCAGCUGGAAAGACUUCUGCAGACAUGACUAAUGUGUCAUCUGCAAAGGCAGUGACAAAAACUCUUGAUAAGUACAAUGAUGUGCCUUCAGGCAAGGAAAAGUUAGAUUCAAAAGGAAAUAUUUCUGUACUAUCUAAGAGGAUCAAAGGAGAAGAUCAAGCUUUCUCAAAUGGGGAAAUUAAAGAUUUUAAGACUUCAGAUUUACAAAGAUCAGAUAAAAUGGAGCUGUCUACUAAGAAGAGGAAAAUGAAAGAGUGGCAGGAGAGUCAGCACAUUCUAACAGCUGAAAUGAGAAGUCAUCAACUAAUCGACGGCAGGGCUGUCACUAAAGACACUUUAAGAGAAGGUGAGGCCUCGAAGGAAAAGAAGCCAAAGGUAGUGAAGACUGAAGAGAAGUUCUCGUACGGACAGGCUUCUACAGCAGCUACUUCAAGCUCUUCGAAGGUCUCAGGCUCUCAGAAGAGUAAAACCAAAUUUCAGGACAUAAGGGGCUCUCCAGUAGAGUCAGUUUCUUCAUCUCCCGUCCGAAUUAAUACUGAGAAGCUUCACAAUAUAAGAAAUUCAGUUGGAAGGGCUGAAAUGUUUAAUGUUGGUUCAUCUACCUUGGGGAGCCCAAAAAGAUGUUCAGAUAGUGAGGUUGAAGGAGGAAGCAACCAUAGUGGAAAAGCAAGGAAAGAAGCAGCUUCUCUCAACCAGCUGCCGCCUUUAGCGAGUCAGAGAGCAGGUGAAUCUGGAACCCUUGAUAUUUUCAGAGGGCCAUCCGAUUAUCACGAUAAGGAAACAAAUGAGCUACCUGAUGCAGGAGCCCCAGAUGAAAAAGUGUUACAUAGAAAUAGAAAUGUACUAGAUCAAAAUGGCAGAUAUAACAAGGAAUCCCCAGACAGAAACCAUUCUCACUAUUUUGAUAAGUUAAAUAAUCACCAGCAUGUUGACACUUUGAGUCAUCGGAAGUCUGGAAGAAGCUCUUCUUCACAUUCAAAGGAGAAACAUGGAAGUUAUAAAUCAGAUGUUGAUUCAGAUAAGGCUAAAGUUUCCAGACCCUUUAAUGAAAACAAGGAUUCGCUUGUUGCAAAGAAAGGCGACGCUCGGCACAUAGAUCAGGAUUUACUGGGAAAGAGAGAUCGAACUGUAAAAAGUACUGGUCUCACUAAAAAAGAUAACCACUCACGUUCUGGUAACCUAGAAAGUACAGAUGCUAGUGGCCCUUGUGCACAUCUGGAUCAGCAAAAGGAGUUUGACUCAAGGGGCAGCAUUGUAGAAGCUAAAUGUGUUCAGUUCAAUGUAACUGAAGACCUUAAGCAGAUGUCAUCAUCCAGAGCUAAAAAAUCAUCUAUUCGUCUUCCCACCAAUAAUAACGAUCGAUCAGAUUUGGCACCUGCAACAGAUAAAUUGCAGCCUACCAGGGACAAACAAGAAGCACAUAAGCUGGGACCUCAAAUUGUCUCUUCGCCGGUCAAAGAAAGCAGGUUGGAAGUGUACUCUACUGAGGCAUCCAAUAGUGAUGUAUCAAAAAUGAUCAAAAGAAAGCAGGACAUUCCAAAUGGAGUUCAGCAGAAUAGUUUGAGGCAAUCAACACCUUAUUCUCUGGACACUUCCAGUUCACUUAGAAAGGAAGGUCAUUCUGCUGCAUCAACAGUCUUGAAAGAAGCUCGAGAUUUAAAGCAUAGGGCUAAUCGUUUAAAGAGUGAAGGUCUGGAGCUUGAAAGUACAGGUCUAUACUUUGAGGCAGCCUUGAAAUUUCUGCAUGUUGCCUCUCUGUGGGAGCCUCUUAGUUUUGAUGGCUCAAAACAAGCGGAUGCUGCUCAGUCCAUUCAAAUGUACUCUGACACAGCAAAACUCUGCGAAUUUUGUGCACGUGAAUACGAGCGUUGCAAAGAAAUGGCUGCUGCUGCUUUAGCAUAUAAGUGUGUUGAAGUGGCCUACCUCAAAUCUGCAUACUACAAACAUUCUAGUGCAAACAAAGAUGGACAAGAAUUGCAAACAGCUCUACUUAUGAUUCCACCAGGUGAGUCACCAUCUUCUUCUGCUUCAGAUGUUGACAACUUAAACAACCAGGGUACCUUGGGGAAGGCUGCUUCAGCAAAGGGUGUUAACUCUCCUCUUGUUACUGCCAACCAUGUAAUUGCUGCUCGAAACCAUCCACAUUUGAUGCGGUUGCUUACCUAUACGCAUGAUUUGAACAGCGCAUUUGAAGCAACUAGGAAAUCACAAAUUGCUAUUGCUGCAGCUGCUGGUGCCAGCCUCGAAAAGCAUGGGGCUCAUGGCAUUGACUCGGUUAGACGGGUCCUUGAUUUCAACUUCCACAAUGUAAAAGGGCUAUUGCGGCUUGUACGAUUAUCCAAGGAGUCGAUCAGUCGUUAAAGUAUUCGAAAUGCUGAGUCAUCUUCCCUGUGUAUAGAAUCUGUAGGCUACUAGGCCAUGUUUAUUUUUCCGUCCAAUUCUUUUCCCUCUAAUAUGCUGGUCAUAAUGAGGUGAUGUUUACCAAAUUUUCACUUCUUUGUUAGCAUGUCUUUUGCCCAAAAAAGAAAUCGGGCUUCAUAGGAGCGUAUCCUGUAAAAUAUGUACAAAGAGAUUUACUUGCAAUUUUUGUAAAGUAUUCUUUGCGGCUUCCGAUGCUUUAAAAACAGAUAACAGCAUCGACUGAUGAGGUAGAGAUCCAAAAAUGCAGUGGGUUUUCUCUCGUCCUUCGUUCGCAAUUACUGUUGUAUAUCUCUCUUCAAGCAAAAAUAUAUAUUGCCAGCCAAACA